CUUCCACCCGAUAUACUUGAUGUCAAUAUCAACUGGUAUGGGUCCUAUGAUGAGUGCAUUGCAGAUUCCUCUGUUCUUGACCAGGCCAAUAUUCUACCAAGAAACACCUCUAUCCCUGUGGUUAAGCCACAGUAUUGUACCGUUAGUAUAUAUCCACCGGUGCCCCCAGCAGCGAGAGGGUUACUCGGAAUUUUCGGUGGAGGACUUAUCAAGGCUGGAGUUUGUGUUCCGAGAUCGUGCAGCAACAACGAUAUUCUUCUUUUGUCUAGUCAAUUUCUUGACUCUGUUCCGAUCAGAAAUCAAAAAUUCUAUGCAACAAAUGUGGACUGUGUGAAGGAAAGGCCGUAUAAAACGAGGGACAUCGCUGUCAUAACACUCCUAGGUGUUUUUCUUGUUCUUAUGAUUCUUGGAACCCUAUACGACUUUGUCAACAUUCAGUAUCCAAUAUACAAAUCAGGAAAAAUGGAUGAAAAAUCUGUUAACAAGUCGAUGGAUUCCGAUGGCAUUUAUAAAUUGAAAUCAUUCGAUGAAAAUCCGACGAAUGUAGAUACGGACAAGAAGGAUGACAAAAAUAAAGACGGCGUUUUUGGAAAGAUUCUAUUAUCCUUCUCCAUCUACACAAACGCCAAGAAGAUCUUGAACACAUCACAACCAAAGGGAAGUUUGACAGCAGUGAAUGGUAUUCGUUUCCUUAGUAUGAGCUGGGUAAUCCUAGGACAUACCUGGGCCUUCACGGCCACCAGUCAAUUUGGAUGUAAGUCAAACAAAUUAUAA